AUGAUGACUUCGAUUGAAUAUCCGAAAAAUGAAAUACAUGCCGAUGAUGAAAUCGAGGAACUAUGGAGAAUACCGGGCGUACUCCGGAAAUACGACGAAACUGCUUGCCAUUCUUCUGCAUUGCCCAUUUUUGGAGCUGGAAUUUCGAUGAAGAUGGAUGUAGCAAAAAAAAAACGGGCGUUCGCCGUUCCACAAACCGACGAAAACCUAAUCAAAUUCGUGGAUUAUUCGAAUGUUUCCCCGUCUUGCUAUAUAUUAUGA